AUGAGAGGGCAAGGUGUACAAAGAGCUGGAGGGAGUCGUUAUAACAGGGAAUGGAACUCGACCUCCCAACACAAUCGACAAAGCGGUCCCCUUCUAACCGAUCACUUGAAAGAUAUUGACAUUGAACUUGAGAUCCUAAAUAGGAAACGGCAGAUGAUUCAGCAAGAACAUGAGCUUCUUGAUCGGGAGAGGGAGUAUAACCUAAAGAGACAUUACGAAUUUGAGCAAUCCAGUCAUAACCAACAGCAUGGCAAACGCCAAGCUGUUGGUCAAACUUUUCCAAGAUGGUUCAACACACCCCCAAAGGUUGAACCGUGGCAGCAGAGUACUGUUUCUGUUCGGCCUAGAAACCCAGUCUCUGCGUCUAAUCCACCAUCAUUACUUAGCAUCGCUUCAAAGUACCCUCCUAAACUUUUACCACCAGAUCCUAAACAAAUUAGGACUACAAAUUCAAUGCGCAAUGAUUUUCAACCCACAAAAGUAGCAAAACUAAAAUUUCGUACUGCCUAUCUCCAAAAACCAGCAGCACAAGUUAAAAAACAGCUUAGCCAUGUGCAAAAUCCAUCUCUUAAUAAUAUACUGCCAAGCCAACCCAAAAAUUUACCUCCCAAUAAAAUUCAAUCCAAGAAAGACACUGCUAUAGGCCAAGAUUUCAUACUACGCCACAAUGUAACUCCAUCCCCACAGUUAAAUGGUCGUCUGGAAUUAGCUCUAGGAUCUAUUUUAAGGAGCAUGAGAGAACAAUUCCAAGACAAUCCUUCUCUAUCUGUCUCUACAGCUUCAUUACAAUCACAACGCAUUAUAAAACAGAUAAUCCGAGAAAGGAUAAGAUCUGUUAUGAUGAAUAAAUUAGUCGGGCAAUGCGCAGAUGUUGUCGCUUCUUACCGACAAAAGUAUCCCGAUGAUUCUGAUUCAGAAUUACUAAAGCUGGCUCAUGAUGCUCAUGUAUACAAUAUACAUAGCCUCAGUGUCAAUCCCCUCUUUACAUCAGAUGAUGCAAUGAACUAUUUCAAGGAUAAUGUAACACAAAUACUUAGUAAGAAAGCCGAUGAAAUAUUAUGUAAAGUAAAAGAUAUAAGUACUUCCGAUAAAGUUGAUGCAAACAUCAAGCAACUUAUGGAUAAAGUUAUUUACAUAAGUGAUGAUGAGGAUACCAAUGAAACAUCAACUGAAGGAAAUAAAAAAGAAAAUGAGAACGAAAAAGCGAAUAAUGUAACUGAAAGAAGCGAAGAAGAUAAAAUGAAGAGCCAAAUUGCAAAAGCUAAAACAUUGUCUGAUUUAAUGGAUAAUCUCAUAGAAAAGAAACUGCCUAAAAUUCUUCCAAAAUUCAAAGAUGUUAUUGUCUCAACAUUUGAUUUUGAAAACCAGUACCUCUUUUCAAAACCAGAAAUAAUACAAGAAACCAUGAAUGCAAUCGUGAAAAGACUCGUUAAUGAAGAGAGAGAAAGUAGGAAAGUCAUUGUUUCGGAAACAACUGAGACAGCUCUAGUUAAGAACACUGGAGAACUUCCACCUAUAGUAAAAGAGCCUCUCAACACUCUUUACAGGUUGAGAGAUUCUCAACCUGUAAAGGAAACGACCAGCGAAACACCCUUACUAAAAACUAUCGAAAGUACAUAUUACGUGAAGUUAAUCGGCCGCCCUACCUUGCCAUCUCGUAAUGAAGUUUACGAGUACUUAAAACAAUUUAAACCAACGAGCAUUAAGAAACAUAAAACUAUGGGCAACUUGCUUGUCAUUGCCUUUAAUGAAAAAGAAGGUUAUGACCAAAUACUUCGCGCUGGGGACCACAAAAUUGGUGAAAAUACUAUGACUGUAAAAGGCAGUGAAAAAGUGACAACACAAAAUAUUAGUCUAAACAAUAGUGUACAAGAAAUUACAAACACUAGUUUAGAAAUCGCAGGAGAUAAAAGUGAAGAUACUUGUGAGAAAGAUAACAUUAUUAGCAAAAAACAGGACAACCACAUAGACAAAUUAAAGACAACAUUAAUUGAAGAUGAUCAAGGUAAUACCACCUCAACUGAACAUUUUAGUGUAUCUGAACAAGGUACACAUGACAGUGCAAUAGUGGUUGAAGAUGGAAACAAUGUAACAGCAGCCACGGAUACCACAAAGGGUGAUCUUACUGGCGAAGCUGAAACAAUGUCUAAACAUGAUAAUUCAGCGGUUGUUGAAGAAAGAAAUGUAACAGGUGUUAAUGAUACCACUAAUGAUGACAUUACUGGCGAAGAUGAUAAAACAAUAUCUGAAGAAAAUGAAAACGCCACUAAGACAAACGACACACCUCACCAGGACCAAAAUCUUGAAACGAAUUUAAACGCUGCUGAAAAUCUAACGGAAUCUGAAACAGUAAACGAAGAUAUUUCUGCUGAAAAUUCGUUAUCAAAAGCUGAAACCACGAUGCAAGGGAAAAAUGAUACUAUAGAAAAUCUUAAAGAAAGUGAUUCUAAGACAACCGCAAAGUCUACCACCGCCACACCCACCAGAUCUUCGUCUCGACUGGCUGCUAUCACACCUAGCUCUAUCAAAACUAGACGUGCCAGUAGGAUGGCACAAAAUAACUAA